CUAGUUGACAUAUUCGGCGAUAAAUCUUAUUUUGUUUGUUUUGAAAAUUCAACGAAACGAAACAAAAGUAAAAUUCGAGAUUUUAUAACAGAAAAGUUUGAAAAAUGUAGCUGUUAACGGGUUUAUUAGUUAAAAGAACAUUUAAUACGAUAAUUUAAAAAGAUGUGUGACAUUGGCGAUUCGAUAUUUUUCACUGAAACACCUAUUUUAGAGAAGUUUUUUUCUACCUUAGAGAGGGGCGCAAUUAAUUAUUGCAUAGUGUGUUUGCGGACUGAAAACGAAAGAUUGUUAGUCCGACCUCAAUACUUCAUGCGUUUCGCGCGUGCUAUGAAAAUCGAGAAAUAUUGGAAGCACAACUUCAUAUGCAAUUACUGUGAGAGGCAAGCGUACCUCGCUGUGCGGUUCUACACGGCGACGCGGCUGUCUGCCUCGGUGGACACUAUCUUCGCUGAGCUGCUGUAUCAGAAGAAGAGGAAGGUCGCCAACGUGUUCAGCGAGAGGCAGUUCCGAAACGUGUUGUGGAGUUGCGAUGUGGAGAAUAAAAACGCGACACCAGCGUACUACGAAAAGCAACUACGCAAGAUACACUACGCCGCCGACUACGCGUACCAAAAAGCUGUAGUCAUCGACAAUUUCGGGAUUCAUAUAAAAGACCCUAUCGGUAAAAUGACCAAAACUGUGGAGUGUAGGGGCGGCUACAAGCAGACUGUGACUCGAGUAGUCGAUAGGGAUCGAUUCGGCCAGCUGAUCAAACAGGCGGACGUCGGGGUGCAAACCGACAUUACCAUGGAUACCAUGGUGAUUAGCGAAGCUUUGGUGGACAAGAGACUGAAAGAUCCGAACCCAGAAAUAACAGAAAAAGUAAUUUUCCUUGAUAACGAAGAAGAGACGCCUGCGAAAAUAAGAAAACUCGGUCCUCAGGAGUCACAGAGAGUAGUCCACGUCACUAUUACUCCUCAAAUUGUCCCAGACAAUAUAACCGACACACUCCCAGUACCGUCCCAACAGAUAAUCCCCGCAACAUCCAGAAUCAACCCUGUUACUCCAUUAAUCCCCACAUCAUCCCAACAAAGUUCAAUGAACCCUACAAAUACAAUUUCUACAUCCGAUAACACCGGGGGUACAGUCCAGAAGGUUGCUAAUCCCCAAAAUACAAUCCCUAUAAUCAAACUUAUUCAAUUAAAAAGUGCCCCCUCUGCUACAGAAAGAGUUGAUGAUCCUGAAAAGCUCCUUCCUAUAUUCAAAACUAGCCUUGUAAAUAUAAAUAAAAUCGGAACUACGGCAUCGCAAACCUCGUCUACAGCACAAAAUAUCACCACUGUAUCACCAAUAACGUCCAAUAAUCACCAGAACGACCAAAUUAUAAUUGCUACGUCAAAUAAUAAUUCUACUCUAAAUGCAGCUUCAACAUCAAUUACUUCUAGUGCAAUUCCUAAUAACGUUAAUCGCCAACAAUUGUCUACUCCCACUUUGCAAAACCUUGGUAAUCCCCAAACAAUACUCGCGGCUAUUCCACAAAAUCUCAUUAAUACCCAAAACAUUCAAAAUUUAAGGAACAGUCUUGUCAAUAAUACGACAGCACGACAGCCCUUGUCUACACAACAAAACAAUCCCGUUCCAGCGUUAGCCUUCUUCAGCUAUCGUCAAAAUAUUGGUAAUAACCAAAAUAUAAUCCCCACCUCUCAAAAUAACAUUAACACUACACAAACCUCUAUUUCUACCCAAUCUACACCCACUACAGCUCCAAUGGACGUUGGCAAUCCUAUCAUAAACAAACCCAGUCAAGAUCUGAACACCACAUCCUCAAUCACCUCUCCAACUCAUAAACUCCUCCUUGUAUCAACUCUAAGUAAUGUUAAGCUCCAAAAUAUCACUCCGACCUCCCAAAAUAACAAUAAUCAAGAACUCCUUAAAAUAUUAACACAAAAUGCUAUUAAUCCCCAAUCUAUCCCCACUGUAUCCACACACACUUCUACCACCCAAAAUAGCCCCACCGUACCACCACUUACGUUCAUUAAUUGCCAAAAUAAUGGUAAUACUCAAAAUAUUAUACCUACGUCUGAACGUAACUUGAAUCCCAAAGUUAUACCUGCUACAACGCAACAGAAUACCGCUAAUCCCCGUGUCAAAAGUUCAGUAAAGAAAGAUAUAGUUUAUAUAACCAAACAUAAAUCCAUUAAUUCUCGAGCCAGAAGUUCAGUCCAAAAGACUAUGUAUAUGUCCAGAAGUACACAAACUACAAAAUCUGCAUCGAAAAUAAUAUCUACUGCUAAAGCACAGAAUAAUCCUCGAACUGUCCCCAUUAAUCCCCGAGCCAUUACUUCAGGCCAGAAUACUCCUAAUCUCAAAAACACCAAUCCUACUCGAAAAAUAUCCACUAAAUAUAAGUAUAACUUGCUGACCCACCGGAAUAUGCCAAUCACGACCCCAACAACGUCCAGUUCAAGCCAAAAUAUAGGCAAUAACAUUCUUAAAUCCCAACAAAAUUCGUCAAAUAACCCAAAAAUGUCAACUGCACCGCAAAAUAUAACUACACCAUCCCGAGUCACAUCUGGAAAUAAUAAUAAACCUCAAAAUGUCAUGUCUAUACCAUCACAGAACUUUGGUAAUCCCCAAACAACUCCUACGUCCAAAAAUAUCCCCACAUCAUCCCUUACCAACCCCUUUUCACGUAAAAAUGCACAAAAUAUCAUCCCCACAUUCUCGUUGAUAACCACUACUGCCCAAACUCUUUCGACUACAUCUCAAAUAGUCACGUCUGCCCAAAAUAUACCCAUUCCAUCCCCAGCCUUAUUCAACCCCCCUCAAAGUACUAUAAACCAGAAUAUUAACCCCACAUUGACCCCCACUGCGCAAUCAUCUCAUCCAAUCAUGUCUGCCCUUCUAAAUGUAAAUAAAAACCAAUCCCCAACCAAUUCCUGCACACGACAUCAUACUGCCAACACUCAAAAUGUUAACCCAACAUACCAACAAACGGCCACCACUGCCCAAACAAUCCCCACAAUAUUCCAACAAAUCUCGCCCACCACCCAAAUAAUUCCUCUCCUUAAUUUCCAAAACUCAAACUUUACAUUUUCACAGAUGACUACUUCCCAAACAAUUACUGUAACAUCCGAACAAAUCAUAGCAGCCCCCCAAAAUAUCCCAUUACCACCCCAAGUCAUUUCUGUCACACGCCAGAAUAAUAUGCCAACACUGAUGUCCUCUACUGCCCAACAGAUUACCAGUACAUCCCAAAUAACGCCUACCUCUCAAAUAAUCCCCGUAUUAUUCCCAACUAACUUCAGCUCACAACAAAAUCUGGUUAACACCCGCCCUACGUUAUCAGACAUGACCCAAACACGUAUCACUACGCCCCAAGAAAUAAUACCAGCCUCUCAAGUACCGCCGGCAUACCCAAAAAUGGUUAUUACCACCCAAAACAUCACCGGUACAUCCAAUAAUGCUGCUGUGAUACGCGAAUUAAUCCCCAUCACAUCCCAAAACCAGGCUAUCAGACCAGAACCUAUCACGAUCACUUCUCAGACCCCGACCUCAUCACCAGUUGUGGUACAGACGCACCAAGAUCAAUCUAAGACGGUAGUCUCAUUGGAGAAAUUGUUGCAAACUGCUGUUGAAAUGCAUACGGGAUUAGGAGUGUUAAUGGUGAAUGCAAGUGGGGUUUACACUAUUCACCCAAUAACAAUCAAAGAAGGGGUGCUAAAAGUGCCCUCAUUGCAAGCUUUUAUUAAGGACGGUUUCCUUGUAAGCUAUACUGGGUCGCCAAUGUUACUGCUGGGGCAAGAAGAGAUCAUUUUAAAUCAUAUUUCGCAAAAUAUUCCGAAGACUGGGAUGCGACCGUGCCCUUCAGACGUCUGUGUACAACUGACAAAUUUGGAGCCGAACCAAAUGUUGCCAGGAGAUAAAAAGGUUGACUGGGAAGAUAAAAUACCUAUGGGUCUUAUAGCUUACAUGGACAACAAAGAAAAGAAUGUGCCAUCGACCCCAAAAACGCCAAUGAUAGAAAUUGAAGUACCGAAAAAGUCACCAAAAACUUGGCAUCACCCCUACUGACUGCUCUAAAAGGCCGGCAACGCACUUGUGACUUCUCUAGUGUUGCGGGCGUCUAAGGACGGCGGCGAUUGCUUACCAUCAGGUGAUACGUCUACAUACCGACCUUAAAAACAGAAUAUUACAUAUUUAAACCAUCAGAGUCACUGUAAGUGUGUACCUGUAUUGUAAUUAUCGAAUUUUAUUAUAUUAUACUAUAAAAAGUAAUAUAAGUGAAAUAUUCUUUGAAGAAAAUACUCUUUAGAGAUUAAUGUAUGUGAGAAACAGUUAUAUGGCUAAGAGCGGACAUACGAGCGGUGCGGCGGUAACGUAGCAGCGUUGGACAGUUUUUUUUUUAAAACGUUGCCCCACACUAGGAUUUUCUCCUGUGUCGUGGGUGCGUUUACAAACAUACAAGUUCUGUUAAUGAAAGUUUCCUUGUGACGCAAAGCAACUGAGCGGUGCCGCUACGACGUCGCAACGCUUUUACCUCUCUCGCCUCGUCUUGGUGGCUGCAAGUCCGGUGCAUCGUGUGACAUGCCACAGAUAUUUCUAUGUAAGGGCCUAAUGCACACCAGGUUUUUUAAACGUGCCGUCGACGCGCGUUUGUAGCGAUACAGACGCGAUACGCACGCAAGUUAGACGCAGCCUGUAGAUCUUUGCACACUUGACGCGCUUGUGUAGCGAUACAGACGCGAUGCAGACGCGCGUUUGUAGCGAUUCAGACGCGAUACGCACGCAAGUUAGACGCAGCCUGUAGAUCUUUGCACACUUGACGCGCGUUUGUAGCGAAACAGACGCGAUACAGACGCGCGUUUGUAGCGUUACAGACGCGAUACGCACGCAAGUUAGACGCAGCCUGUAGAUCUUUGCACACUUGACGCGCGUUUGUAGCGAAACAGACGCGAUACAGACGCGCGUUUGUAGCGAUUCAGACGCGAUACG